AUGGCUUCGCUGAAGGGUGUCCAGUUCACCGACGCUGACCAGCUCGCGGUCAACACCAUCCGCACUCUCGCCGCUGAUGUCGUCGCCAAGGGCAUGGCUCCCGUUGCCCACGUCCUCUUCAGCAAGUUCCUCAACUUCAACCCCAAGGACUCGAAGUGGUUCAACCGCGACCGCUUCAUUCUUUCGAACGGCCACGCCUGUGCGCUCCAGUACAUCCUCCUCCACCUCGCGGGCUACAAGCUCUCGAUGGACGACCUGAAGAACUUCCGCCAGAUUGACUCCCUCACCCCCGGCCACCCCGAGAACGACCACACCGACGGUAUCGAGGUCACCACCGGCCCUCUUGGCCAGGGUAUCUCGAACGCCGUUGGUCUCGCCAUCGCACAGGCUCACAUGGGCGCCACCUUCAACAAGGACGGCUACAACCUGUUCACCAACAAGACUUACGCCUUCCUCGGUGACGGAUGCCUCCAGGAGGGUGUUUCCUCGGAGGCCUCGUCGCUUGCUGGCCACCUUCAGCUCGGCAACCUGAUCGCCAUCUACGAUGACAACAAGAUUACCAUUGACGGCAACACCGACGUUUCCUUCACUGAGGACGUCGAGGCUCGUUACCGCGCGUACGGCUGGGAGGUCCUUCACGUCACCUCUGGUGACUCUGACCUCACCGCUAUCGCUGGCGCCAUUGCCGAGGCCCGUGACAACAACUCGAAGCCUACCCUCAUUGUCCUCCGCACCACCAUCGGUUACGGCUCGCUCAAGGAGGGUGGCCACGACGUCCACGGCUCUCCCCUUAAGGCCGAUGACAUCAAGCAGCUCAAGACCCGCUUCGGCUUUGACCCCGAGAAGACCUUUGUCGUUCCUGAGGAGGUCUACGACAUCUACCACAAGGCCGGUGACGCCGGUGCCAAGAAGGAAGCCGAGUGGAAGAAGACUCUUGAGGAGUACAAGGGCAAGUACCCCAAGGAGCACUCCGAGAUUGUUCGCCGCUUCGAGGGCCGCCUUCCUGAGGGCUGGGAGAAGGCUCUCCCCACCUUCAAGCCCGGAGACGCCGCCGUCGCCUCGCGCAAGCUGUCGGAGAACGUUCUCAACGCCGUCGCCCCUAUCAUCCCCGAGCUUGUUGGUGGCUCGGCCGACCUUACCGGCUCCAACCUGACUCGCUGGAAGGGCGCUGUUGACUUCCAGCCUCCCUCGUCUGGCCUCGGCGACUACUCGGGCCGCUACUUCCGCUUUGGUGUCCGUGAGCACGGCAUGACCGCCAUUGUCAACGGUAUCGCUGCCUACGGUGGUCUUAUUCCCUUCGGCGCCACCUUCCUUAACUUCGUCUCGUACGCUGCCGGAGCCGUCCGUCUCUCGGCGCUCUCGAACCUUCGUGUUCUCAACAUCGCUACCCACGACUCGAUCGGUCUCGGUGAGGACGGCCCGACCCACCAGCCGGUUGAGACCGCUGCCUGGCUCCGCGCUACCCCGAACAUGAUGUUCUGGCGCCCCGCCGACGGCAACGAGACCUCGGCCGCCUACGCCAUCGCCCUCACCUCGCCCAAGACCCCCUCGACCCUCGCCCUCUCCCGCCAGAACCUGCCCCAGCUUGAGGGCUCGUCGAUUGAGAAGGCCUCGAAGGGUGGCUACGUUCUGGAGGAGGCCAAGGACGCCGACAUCACCCUCAUCUCGACCGGCUCGGAGGUUCCCAUUGUCGUCGACGCCGCCAAGCAGCUCCGCGAGAAGGGUCUCAAGGUCCGCGUUUCUUCAAUCCCCUGCUUCGAGGUCUUCAACCAGCAGUCGAAGGAGUACCGUCUCUCGGUGCUCCCUCACGGCGCGCCUAUCAUGUCCGUUGAGGCUUACUCGACCUUUGGCUGGCACGAGUACGCGCACGAGACCUUUGGCCUUAGAGCCUGGGGUGCGUCGGGCCCCUACCUCAAGGUCUACGAGAAGUUCGAGAUUACCCCCAACGGCAUCGCCUCGCGCGCCGAGAAGGUCGUCUCGUUCUACAAGCAGCGUGGUGACAAGAUUUACUCGCCCGUUGACAAGGCGAUCGACUUUGACACCGCCAUUGCGUCGAAGCACUAAUUGCAACGGGUUGCCAGUCUCUCAAUCGACCGAGCGGGAGUAUCGACCGGGUGGGCCGAUAGUGUAGGAAUCAUAGAGUGAUGCAGAAUAGUAGCGGACCGAG